GUUCCGUUGUCUUACAUACCUACUCCUCUCAGGACUCUAUGGCCUAUAUAGGAACUCAGCGGCACCGCCGCUUGUUCUGUCUUUGAAAGAUACACGCCUCACGUGUAUGGUUCUUCCAAUACUUGUCCUCGCGCGCAAUGGGUUGCGGCACUUCCUGCUCCGUCAUUGUUGGCGAUCUGGCCUAAGCCAAUAUUUGUUUAUAUAGCGGGCAACACCGCUGUCUCGCUGUCCUACUUCGGGGCAGUUCGACGUGGUCACCUCGUCUAGCGUGGUGAGGGGUUAAGGGUGAUGGCUGGUGCGUCCGGAGGGCCCAUGGGCGUGCUUGGGACGUGUACGCUUGCCAUGUCGCUGUAUUGGUGGGCUGCGUCUGAGCUGAUCUGGUUCCACCUCGCUUGUUCGCCUGUGCCACUUGGAGUGGCGUCUCGUCUGAAAAGCUCCUUGCGAGUUGCUGCUUUACAGUCUUGUAGGAAGUCCGCCAAGGAUUCCAUGUGUGUUGGGUCGUUUAGGAGUCUUUUGAUCGAUCUGUUUGCUCGGUCGGAGUCAAUGUGAUGCGUAGUUGAUUGUCGCAACUUUUACACGCAGCGAGAUGCGACGACUGCUUCACUGCACCAAGUACUCCUGCUCUUGACACUUCUGCUAGCUCAAGGCUGUUCCCGUCGG